AAAAAAAAGGGAUCCCCUUGACAACUUCUCUUUACCGUUCAUCAGACCAUAUCUACCUUUACCCUGACUGACCCUUGGAAUUUUAUAGAUCCUAGAUAUCAUCUCAGAACAGUCGCUUAAUAAAUUACGAUUAUUUUCGUCACUGCUUUUUUUUUAUUUACUGAUAACAGUCACACGAAUAUAAGAUUUACCAACUGUGGUGUAAGAUGAUCGAUACCAAGUUAGUAAGGAACGUCUUUUUGGCGGUUCUUUUUAUAAAUGUGGUGUAUUUUGUGCGCGUAUACCAACAAGAAGAGAUCAAGACAAAACAUUUAGCAUUAUCCCAUAUAUCGUCAAUUAACUAUGCCACUGACAAUCAAGUUGAAUUUGAUCCCAAGAAACCGUAUCAUAUGUUAAAUACAAAGGAGAAAAUUUCAUAUUUACUCGAUAAGGUUAGCAAGAACCAAAAUAAUCACUAUUGGUUAGCUAAUACCAAGAUUCAACAUUCUAAAUUAAAAAUUAAUCCUCGUGAUUUUUUGACUCCAGAAGAUGAUUCUCUCAAGACAUGGCAAAAUAAACCUGACUUGUUUUAUGAUCCAAGAUUUACCUUGACUGUUUAUCUUGACGAGUUAAAAACCCAAUUGAAAGCACAUAAUCCAAAGAAUGAAAAGACCAAGGAUCAUUUGAUUAAAAUGCCUUUCAGUUGGGCUGACUGGGUCGACUUGACCAUGUUGAAUGAAGAAUUAACCAAGCCAAACGACCAGAAAUUAAACUGUGAAUGGUUGCAAUCUAAUAUUAACAAACCUACCAAGUAUCCUGACUUCUGUAAGAACUUAAUGGAGUUGUCUGACGAAGAAGUUGAAGAAAUUGGCUUGAGUAGAGAUAUGUUGCCAGGAUUCAUUGUCAAGACUUCUCCUAUGAAUAAAGCUCCACACAAGCCAGUUAUGUUACAAGGUAAAGCUCAUUUAUUAGCUCAACAAGAAAAUCCAUUAAGUAUUAUCUUUUUGACUAAAGAUGGUACUUAUGAAACUCAAGUUUCAAAUAAGCGUCAAAGAAUUGUUCAUACUGAUAUGUUUGAAAAUUAUCUUGAUAGAAGAGGUAUUAAUGCCAAUCAUAUUGAAGAUACCCCUGAAAUUGAAUUAAGCCCUAGUACAGCUUUCAAAUCAUUACAAAAGACUGUAAAAGCCCGUCCCUUGGAUUUACAUGACGACAUUUAUAAGAUGAGACAAAUUACCAGACAAAAGCAAGUUAAUGCAUCUCGUGAACUUUAUCUUGAUAAGGAAUCAUUUAACUACAAACAAGAACAAGUCGAUGAUCAAAUUCAAGAAUACGAAAUCAGAUUGUCCUUAGUUGAAGAAGCAAUGACCAAUGAACUCAAAUAUAAUCCAAAAGUAAUCCAAGAGAACAAGCUUAAUCGUCAUGAAUUAAAUCAUUAUAAUGGUUUAAAAUACGCAAACUCGCUUGCCGUUGAAAAUGAACCAACCUAUUAUAAACUUGCUACUUUAAAGAAGGAUAAGGAUAAUCAAGAUGCAGGUUGGCAUUAUGAAUGGAGAUUUUUCAACGGUGCUUUACGUUAUUUGAAAGAUGAAUCAUGGACCGUUUCACAAUUAGAAAUUAGAGAACAAAUUAUUUUGGAUCGUCUUUUAAGGAAUUGGUUUAGAUUUGCUGAAGAGAAGGGGAUUAUUUCAUGGAUUGCUCAUGGUCCUUUGUUGAGUUGGUACUGGAAUGGAUUGAUGUUCCCUUACGAUAUCGAUAUUGAUAUUCAAAUGCCAAGUAGCGAGUUAAACCGUCUUUCCAAGAAUUAUAACAUGACUUUAGUUGUUGAAGAUGUUACCGAAGGUUAUGGGAAAUUCCUCAUUGAUUGUUCUACAUUCCUACAUCAUCGUGAUAUGGCUACCAAAGAUAACCAUAUUGAUGCCAGAUUUAUUGAUGUGGAUACUGGUACAUAUAUUGAUAUUACUGGUAUUGGUAAAAACAACGAAACUCCUCCACCUGAAUACGAUAGCUAUAUUAAAUCAAAGAACCAAAAGGGAGAAUCAGUUGAAUUAUAUAUGGAUAGAAGAAAGCAUUGGUUGAAUUUUGAAAAAAUCACUCCUUUAAGAUAUUCAAUGAUUAGUGGAGUUCCUGUUUACGUUCCUAAUGAUAUUUUAUCAAUGUUAAAUCAUGAAUAUUCAGUUGGUACAAAGUCAUAUUACUUUGAUGGGUACUACUAUGUUCCUGUAUUACGUCUUUGGUUACAAGAAGAGAGAUUAUUAGUAUUAUUCAAACCAGAACAAUAUGAAUCAAGCUCUGAUGAUACAAGACACGAAAAGAUAAUUAACUUGAUUAAGCAACUAGGUGAAGAGGAAAAGUUAAAAUUACUUGAAAGCAACGAAGAAACAUUGAUGGAAUACUAUUUGACCCACAAAUUUACAACUUUCCACGAAGUUGAAAAGAAAUUCAUGUUGGAUCACUCAUUACAACUGCUGAUACAAGAUUUAUCAGGAAAUUCAGAAUAUCAUCAAUUAACUUCUAAAUUUAAAAUGAGUAAUAAACCAAUGAGAAAAUCAUUGUAUGAUUACGAGUAUUUUGAAAGAUUUGAGCAUAUGGAAGACAAGACUGAAACUCCAUUAUAGUCAUACCCUUUAUAGAAUUUUGCAUAUUAUAAAUAAGUCUGUGUAUAAAUAUUAAAUUUGCACUACAAGA